GUGGCUGGCCAGGGGCUCGGUGGGGUUUUUAACCUCCUUCACCCUAAACAAGACUCCCUGACAUCCUGGACUCCCGGGAGCCCCGGCCCACGUGUCACACAACACCGUGACACGAGCAGCGGAUGGGCAGGAGUGGACCAUUGUCAGCGGUGGACACAGUGCUGUGCUGUGCUGCCCCGCGCGUGCCGUGUUUGUGUUUGUCCUCUUGGUCCGAGAUGGGGUUUCUGAUUUCUCGCGCCGCUGCUUACCCAUAGGCGGUACUAGUAGUAAAAUGCGGGUCACUGACGACGAGGGACUCGAGACGGUUGGGGCUUGCUUUGCAGUGCACAACCCCCGGCCCCGCCGCGGCUUCUGUUGCGGGACUGCUUUUUGUGAAGAAACUCGUGAGACAACCACGUGGGGAGCGCGUAUCGUCUUCGGCCCACAGGUCAGUGUGUGCCCAGUUUCCACGACGAGCUGGAGCUUCGAAGAGGCUCGACGUGAAGCGAAGAGGAAGAAGGUCCAACAACUCCAACGGCUGCAACCAGCGGGCAGCGGUGUCGUGGCAGCCCGCCCGACGGUUGACCGGUUUCCUCGAGCCAGGGACGGAUUAAAGGGCGGCGCUGACGAGAGUUGCAUGAACAAGCGCAACGCCACCUUCAAAGUUCUGCUUGCAGCGCACCGGAAGCUGGCGGCGAAACACAAAGCUUUGGUGGCCAAACAACAGAACAAGACCGAGAACGAUGCUCAAGUGUCAGAGCUCUUGAAGCGCGUCGCAGAAGUGCAAGGGGAGAAGACUCGGCUAGAGGAAAAGCACCGAGACGAGGUGGCCCGGCUAAGGGCGCAACUUGAAGCGCAGGCUGAGGCACACAAGGCUGAGGUAGUUCAACUUACCUCGGGCCUCUCCACGCAAGCCGACGAGAAGAUCCGCCUGGAAGGCGAAGUGCAGAAAUAUAAAGAUCUUGUCACCAAGGCCGAGGCUCAAUCCACUUCUGCUGAGGAGAAGGCCGAGAGCACCCAUAUGCUCAACCUGUGCACUGAGAAUCUCGGCAAGAUAGAUGGACUGCUGGCAUUGGCUUAACUCAAAUCUCUUCCGUUGAUCACUAAGCCGACAACAAUAGUGUGCCGAGAUUCAUUAUUUCUUCUUUGUCCUUGUCAGAAAUUUUCCCACACUCUACGGAGACUGCUCAAACCGCCGUGAUCAAAGCUCGCGGGAAGAGGGAUUCAGCCAAGGGAGUGCCCUCGGAGUACGAUGUGGAGGACUACCUCAUCAGCAUCUUGACCCGCGUCAAGCCUCUGAAGUCCUUCGGGGUCGACAUGCUCAAUGCCGGCAUCCGUGCCUUCCGAGCUUUGUGGCCGGGAGAAGAAGCGCGGAUGGCAUCCCAGAAUUGGCCAAGCGUGUCCUGGGGGUGGAGGACCGGCUAAGCGAGUGGCGGGAGUCGGCCGCUCGUGUCGGCGCCGAUGAGGCACUGUCGUUCGUACUUUCCUGAUAUGACGGCAUUAACCUUGAUGUGCUGCAGUCCAUGCGUGUCGGCUCGCCCUUCCUUUCGGACCUGGAGUUGAUCGCGAGACAUCAGGAACGGGCCUACUCCUUCAUCUAGUAUGCCGACGUGCAUAAAUUUGUGGAGGGUCCGAUAUCAGACGCGGACGAGGAGGCGACCGAGGAUGAAGAAGAGGAAGUCGACGAAGAGAUCGUGGUCGAGUCGGCUUCCACCGCGACAGAUACUCCGAGUGCCGUCACCAACAAUCCUUCUGUUUGAGCCUAAUUAUGUCGGAACAAACUUUUUAGAGCUAUUAGA